UGGUGGUGUGUUACGCUGUGCGGUUUCAUCGCCUUACUCUAAAUGACUCGUUGGUGAAGAAAUCCAUCGACUAACAUGACAUCACUUCAGAUCCACUUCCCUAUUUGCUCCAAACAAAAAAAGUUCCAGCUUCAAGGGUGUGCAUUCACUCUUCUGCUUUGCACCAGCACCAAGCUCGCGCCCAGACUCAGCAUGGGGAAUUUGGCGGCCAACGAGGGACUCUCCGUCUUUGUCAUUCUGGUUUGGCUUGCCAUCAACGCCUUCCUCUUCGUCCAUUUCUACAUGGCCUUUCUCGUCGACAAAUGGUUCUACACUCGUGUGCUGCUCGGGCAAGCUUUGUCCUGGGCCCGAGCUCCAGCCGCCUGUCUCAACUUCAACUGCAUGCUGAUCCUGCUGCCCGUCUGCAGGAACCUACUCUCCUUCAUUCGGGGAACCAUCCAGUUCUGCAGCCGCACAGCCGCUCGGCAGCUGGACCGAAACAUCACCUUCCACAAGCUGGUGGCGUACAUGAUCGCCUUUCACACAGCCGUGCAUAUUGUUGCUCACUUGUUCAACUUUGAGUAUUUCAUGGACGCUCAGCUGAACCGCAACAGCAGCCUUCUGCCCUUCAUACUGUCUGAAAUUGGUAACGGCGACAACGCGUCCUUCCUCAACCCAAUCAGGUCCAAUGAAACGAACCCAACAAUCGUCAUGUUCACCACCAUCGCCGGUGUGACUGGUGUGGUCAUCACGCUGGCCCUGAUCCUCAUCAUCACUUCUUCCAUGGAGGUCAUCCGCCGAUCGUACUUUGAGGUGUUCUGGUACACCCAUCACCUUUUUGUCCUGUUCUUCAUCGGACUGGUAUUGCACGGCUUUGGGAGGAUCGUGCGAGGACAGACAUCGGCCAGCCUGACCGCAAACGACCCACGCCUCUGCGCGGACCGGUUUGAGGAAUGGGGAAGAAAUGAUUCGGACUGCGCGGUUCCAGUGUUUGCCGGAAACCCACCGAUGACCUGGAAGUGGAUCGUGGGACCCAUGAUUUUAUACGUAUGCGAGAGGCUUGUCCGAAUCUAUCGAUCCCACCAAAAAGUGGUCAUCACGAAGGUGGUGAUGCAUCCCUCCAAAACUCUGGAGCUUCAGAUGAAGAGGAAAGGAUUCCACAUGGAGGUGGGCCAGUACGUCUUCAUCCAGUGCCCAUCUGUCUCCAGGCAUGAGUGGCACCCCUUCACCCUGACCUCAGCCCCAGAGGAGGACUACUUCAGUGCCCACAUUCGAAUAGUUGGCGACUGGACUCAGGCGUUGUACGAAGCCUGCGGGGGGGACAAAACGGAGCCUCAAGAGGCUUGGAAAUUGCCCAAGGUAGCCAUCGACGGGCCUUUUGGCACUGCCAGUGAGGACGUGUUUCGGUACCAGGUGGUCGUGCUGGUGGGGGCGGGAAUCGGUGUCACGCCUUUUGCGUCCAUCCUCAAGUCUGUGUGGUACAAGCGCAUCCAGAACAAAGACGUCUUCACCAAAAAGAUCUACUUCUACUGGCUUUGCCCCGAGACGCAGGCCUUCGAGUGGUUUGCGGACUUGCUGCAGUCGCUGGAGAGCCAGAUGGCGGCAAAGAGUGUGACGGACUUCCUGAGCUACAACAUCUACCUCACCCGCUGGAAGGAGCAAGAGGCGGCACAUUUCUGGGUACACCACGAGGAGGAGAACGACCCAAUCACAGGGCUUAAGCAGAAAACUCUUUAUGGAAAGCCUAAUUGGGACAGCGAGUUUACUGGCAUUGCAUCCAAGCAUCCUGGAACCAAAGUUGGAGUGUUCCUCUGUGGGCCGCCGCAGCUGGGCAAGUCGCUGGAGAAACAGUGUUUGUCCCAUUCUGAAGCCGACGUCAAGUUCAUCUUUAACAAGGAAAACUUUUAACAGGGCCAUCAACACCUGGGUCCAUAGUCAUCAAGAUGUGUUCCAACAUGCCUGUCAAUACUUUCAUGAAUCCAGGUUGUCUUCUCGAGGCAUUAAAUCGAUGGCAACCGGAUUCUUCUAGUUGUCUUCGAAGACGUGUUGUUUUGCCUCUCAUCUGGGCAGCGACAGCGUGGGGGUGUCCUCUAUCGAGCCUUGGUGCCCGAAAUCAUGAAGCCAUCUCCGACGCAAAGCUAAACGUCACGUCUUCAAAAACAACCAGAUCCAGUCCGGUUGGAAUCGAGCCGACGCCCUGAGAAUUUCCUCAGGUAGCCUAAAAACAAUUAGCUCGCAUCAUCUUUAACCAGGAGCGUCUCCUCGUUCAAGGAUUCUCCAUAAGCAAGGCUGCCGUCAAGCAAACCGAACUUUUCUUGAUAUUUUGCGGAAGCUCUGGCAUCUCGCUCCCACCAGAUGUUUUGCAAGUGUGCCAUUGUUGCACAAAUGCAGAGCAAUACACUUGGCGGUACUUUCCCCGUUGACGCUGUUCUGCUUUAGCAGUGCAUCAAUCGUUGGUUUCACAACUACUUCUGUUUUUCUCAUUCAGUUGCCUCUCAUGCACUGUUGCGGCCCAUUUCUCUCUCACUAGCCAUCACACCACAAUGUUCAGCUGCAAACAGGAAACCUUUCACUUCUUCCUUCAGACCCAGGUGGGACAGAGCUCACCAAUUUGACUGAAAAAAAAUAUCCGGAUAUCUACAGUAAUAAUGGCAAAUUGCCUCCAGCAGCAUCUUACAGCGAGACACACAGAUUUAUGACGCCCAAGGUAAAAUUUGGCGAUCCGGAUUGCCUCGGUUUUUGUAGUGAACGCUUUCCAAAAUAAUUAUGAAAAUAAAACUAAGGAUUUGUUGGGGUUAGAGCUGUAAACUUGUCAAAUUUGCUUGCCAAUAGGCCUUUAAAAUGUAGAAUUUUUGUUGUUGCUUUUCCAGUAAUCAACAUGAGCAUGAAAAAACAUCAUUUUUAAAAAAAUGCUAAUAUUGGCACUUUGCGGAGAAACUAAAUUUGAGUCACUGUUAAAAUCCUUGGGCACGACUUUAAAUUGUUCGAAAUUAUCAUGAAUGGAGGAUUCAAAUUGAACGAUCAUUUGAUUUUUUGGGGGGUGGAUUUUUGUUCUCCCGUCUGUUUAGAUUACUGACAUCAACCUCCAAAAAGGUUUUAAAACUGACUUUUAAAUUUGUUGAACAGCAUCAUUACAAAAACAAAUGAAACACACACACACAAAACUCCAUCAAAGGGAUGGAAACAGUAAUUAAAUAAAUCUAAACAAAUACACCAGGGAUGCUCGUUCAUUUAAUUGGAAACUACGCUCAUCAAGAUGAAUAUUCCUUCUGACACGUUACAUGCCCACAACAAGAGACUAAAGAAGAGAGUAGAAUUGUUUGUCACUGUAACGUGAACAAUAAAAUUUAAUGUGCCCACCCAUCUGCGCAAAGUAGGCGUUUAGAGCUGCGGUAUGCGGUCCAAUUUUUUUUUCAAUAUGUACAGUACAGUCCAGAAGUUAUACCCGUACUGUGCAUUCACAGCCUCUGCAUGGAAGUGGCACUUGGGAGAUCCUCUUCUCGUUUCCAGAAACAUGCUGCACUCUUGCGUUCUACACGACGGCAACGGCAAAGACGCUGACCACGCAGUACAUGGUGCGGCUUUCCCACCGCACUGUGGAACUAACUGCAAACACACAAGGGGCAUUACACAAAACGCAAGUGGCAUUUCAAAUCAGCCUCGCUGAUGGUUUUCAUGUACCAUCCAUAGCCGUGUCCCAGUAGCAGGAAUUUGCCGUGUGGAGCCCAGCACCAGUUUUCUGCAUCAGGGCGCACGUAACUAUGGAGAAACAAUGUGAUACAAUUCAUUGGCAAGGUAUCAUGCAUACGACAUGCAAAGAGACAAAAGAAGAACAGGGAGAAAAAUCUGUGGUCAAUUCAGUAUGCUGUACAGCAUCAAUGUCUUCAGCAGGAUUCCAAUACAACCGAGUGUUACCGUGACUUGCGUGUUGAAUGUGUAACUCAACCAUGCGUUGGGUUACUUUCGUUCAAACAUCUGUUGCAUCAAGUUAUUUUGACACCACGUACAUGGGUGCUCUUCAUUCACCGAUGCCAUUUUGUAUCAUGUGUUAGCGGUAAGCUAGCGGACGUUAGAAAUGAUGUGGUUGUUUGAAAAACAUAUCAUUUUAGGUUUAGUUUGACAAUAAACAGCUUGAAGCCUC